CACCUGACUGACUGUAAGUAGAAAACUCAUCAUCUUAGUUGCAAUAUAACUAUUAUUAUCUUUGUCCUUCUUUAAAAAAAGAAACACUGACGGAUUCUUUUACUGUCGCCGUGGACUGGUUUUCCAAUCGCUGACGUGUGGAUAUUGUUGUUGCAGAAGUGCAGCCAGCCCGCCCACAAGCUCUUUGAAACCCGAGCUGGAGUUGUAGGAGAAAGUCCAGAGAUCGCAGACGGCCUACGCAAUGAACGCACUCUCUACGUCACUGAGCUAUGGAUAGAAUUGCCGGCCCAUAGCUGAGCACAGGGCGACUUGAUUCCUCGUCUUUGAGUACUACAGGGAUCUUUAUGUGAAUUUCGUGACUGGAUAUCACUUUGGAUUCGACGGCAGAUGAGAGACUAGUUCACAGAUUGCGUCUCUCAUCCAAAAACAACAUUCUUUGUGUUGUUUUAGGCGUAAAAAACCACACCCCGAAGAUCAUCAUAAACGGAGCCAUUCUCUCUAACGACCUCAUUGCCUUGAUAGAUUAAUUUCUCACACUAGCCUACACAGCAAGAGGAAAACAAAACAAAACUAAACAAAACAAAACAGAAUAAAAAACAUCCUAACUAAAUAACAGUUCAACGUAUCCUUAAACGCUUAAACUGUUCCUUCACAAAUCCAAUAAGACAUCCACACUAAAUAACAGUUCAACGCAUCUUUAAAUAUUAAUUACUAGACAAAUCUUAAUUUGACGUCAUCAGUAUGGAGGUAGAUCCGUACGUCGGACGCCAGACGUCCUUGAACAAACGAGACCACGGUCAGUGGCUACAGAUACAGCGCAACACCUUCACCAACUGGGUCAACGAGGGUCUGCGGACCAGAGGCAUCGUCAUACAGGACAUCAGGACUGACCUCUCGGACGGGGUCAACCUCGUGGCCUUGGUAGAAGCGCUCACUCGGCACAGGAUCUCAGGAGCAGUGGCUCGUCCUUCCAACCAGUACCAGAAGUUACAGAACAUCACGGUGGCUCUGGAGGCUGUCAGCAGGGAUGGAGUCAAGAUUGUGAAUAUAGACAGCAGCGAUAUAGUGGCGUGUAAUCUGAAGCUGGUCCUGGCUCUGGUCUGGCAGCUGGUCCUCAAGUACCAGGUGGGUCUGUCCACUACUCAGAACCGGGCAUGGAUCCUGCUGUGGCUGAAGGCUGUCGUGCCGGACUGCAGCAUCAGCAACUUCACCACCGACUGGAACGACGGCAUCGCCCUGCACGCUCUGUUGGACUUCUGCAAACCUGGCAUCUCCCCAAACUGGCGCCAAAUGGAUAGAAUGAACAGUGCUGAGUAA